AUAAUUUAAUUACUCCCCAACAACGACGAGAUAUUUUUUAUUGUUCGCAGUUAGAUGAUGAUAUUGAGGAGACAAAACAGACUUGGCGGUUAUUAAAUAAAGAAAUAGCCAGAGUUAAGGAAUUAAUUCAAAAAACCGAAUAUCAAAACAGCCAAAAAAUAAUAAACGAAGUAGCCGGUGAUUUGGCGAAGAAAGCAGUAGUUAAAUUAGAAUUACUGGCAAUUAGACGACCAGUUAAAACGACCGGGAAUUUAAUAUUCGCUACCAAAAACUUCAAGCGUGGAAAUUGUUGGAUGACUACCAAAAAGAAAGUUGAUGGAGCAAUUUAUCAGACCCAAGAAAAAGCCGAAAUAGCAGCCGAGAAAAUGGCGGCUUUCCAAGCAGCGGUCGGUCUGAGAAAGGAAUUAUCCGUCUUGCUAACCGAAGCCGAAGCGGAAAAUGAUUAUGAGAAACUAAAACAAUCGGCCAAUGCGUCGUUGCCAGAGUUGGAAAGAAAAGCCCAGCAGGAUGUUUGGACGGAUGAGGAAUUGACCGCUUUGGAGAAAGAAAUUACGGAAUUUCCACCUUAUAUUGAAAAGCAACCUGAACCAGAAUAUUAUCGUGGUUUCCAAGUCAAUUAUCAGAACCAAAAAUCCAUUAAUCAACGAUUAGAAAGAGCCAAAGAAGGCGCCAAGAAAAAUGCGGAUGAUUACAAAAAAACAAUUAAAGAUAUAGAUGCUAUUUUAAACAAAAAUAUCAAGCAGGAAUAUAUAAUUACGGCUUUUCGGGAAAAUUUAACACCACUUCAACAAAAAGUUAAACAAGUCAAAGCAAAAAAAGUUUAUGAGAAUGCUUGCCAAAACGAUGCUGAUGGAGUAGUUUGGGAAAGAGGGCUUGACGACGAGGAAAAAAAUCAGAUUAAGAAAGCCAAAACCCCCGACCAAGUUAAGCAAGAGCAAGAAAAUAUUGCUUGA